GCAGUGGGGGGGGCCUGGGAGCCAGGAUUCCUGGGUUCUCUCCCCGGCUCAGCGUUCAUUCUCUCCUUGCCCGCAGAACAGGCCUGGGGUUUCUCCUUGAAUCCCCCCCCCCCGACCCAAACCCCAGCGAUGACCCAUCAGGUGGAGUUGGCCAUGGGGGAAGGGCCCCACUGCAGCCUGGACCCGCUGCCCAAGCCCUGCCUGGCCAAGCACUGUGGGUGGCUCACCCGCAACCUGCUGCUAACGCUCACCGUGCUGGGGGUGAUUUUGGGCGCCGUGUUUGGGGGCCUCCUGCGGCUGCUCCCCCCGUUGGAUGAAGACCUGCUGGUCCUUCUCUCCUUCCCGGGAGACAUCCUCAUGCGGAUGCUGAAAAUGCUCAUCUUGCCCUUGGUCAUCUCCAGCCUCAUCUCAGGGCUGGCCGGGCUGGAUGCCAAGUCGAGCGGGCACAUGGGCACCCGGGCCAUGGUGUAUUACAUGUCCACCACGGUGCUGGCCGCCGUGCUGGGCGUGAUCCUGGUGCUGUCCAUCCACCCGGGUAACCCCAAGCUGAGGACGGCGACGGGCGCGGCGGCGCGGAGCGAGGAGGUCUCCAGCCUGGACGCCUUCCUGGACUUGAUCCGGAACCUCUUCCCCGAGAACCUGGUGCAGGCCUGUUUCCAACAGGUCCAGACGGUCUCCCAGAAGGUCCCGGUCCCGCCCCAGGUGGUGCGGCAGGAGAACGUCACCCGGCUCCUCCCGGGGAACCUGUCCCUGCUCAACGCCACCGUCACGGAGAUCAGCCUGGGGCCCAGCACCGCCACCCACAAACGGCUGGAGUUCAAGGCCGGCAUGAACGUGCUAGGGCUGAUUGGGUUCUUCAUCGCCUUCGGGGUGGCCAUGGGGCAGAUGGGGGAACAGGCCAAGCCCAUGGCCGACUUCUUCAACAUCCUCAACGAGAUCAUCAUGCAGCUGGUCUCCAUGAUCAUGUGGUACUCGCCCUUCGGCAUCGCCUCCCUGAUCUGCGGGAAGCUGGCCGGCCUGCAGGACCUGGCGCUGGUGGCCCGGCAGCUGGGCAUGUACAUGGUGACGGUGGCCCUGGGGCUGCUGCUGCACGGGGCCCUGGUCCUGCCCCUCAUCUUCUUCGGGGUCACGCGCCAGAACCCCUUCGCCUUCUACGCCGGCAUCUUCCAGGCCUGGCUCACCGCCCUGGGCACCGCCUCCAGUGCAGGGACGCUGCCCGUGACGUUCCGGUGCCUGGAGGAGAACCUGGGGGUCGAUCGACGCGUCACCCGCCUGGUGCUGCCCAUCGGCGCCACCAUCAACAUGGACGGGACGGCCCUGUACGAGGCUGUGGCUGCCAUCUUCAUCGCCCAGAUGAACGGCAUCGCCCUGGACGGGGGGCAGAUCGCCACCGUCAGCAUGACGGCCACCCUGGCCAGUGUGGGGGCGGCCAGUAUCCCCAGCGCCGGCCUGGUCACCAUGCUGCUCAUCCUGACCGCCGUGGGGCUCCCCACACAGGACAUCAGCCUGCUCAUCGCUGUGGACUGGCUGCUGGACCGCCUGCGCACCUCCAUCAAUGUGGUGGGGGACUCGUUUGGGGCGGGGAUCGUUUAUCACCUGUCGCGGGCCGAGCUAGCCGCCGUCGACGCCCGGGCCAAGGGGCACCCGCCUGAGCCCCCCAGCCCCAAGCUCCUGCCGCUGCCCAACCACCAGGGGCCCCCCGAGGGUGCCGGGGCAGGGUACACAGCCCUGCCCGCCGCCGACAGCGAGGAGGAGGAGCAGGCGGAGACGCCGUCGUGGGAGCCGGGGGCUGAGGCCGAGGGGUCGCUGGGCAGUGACCAGGAGGAGAAGGAAGAGGAGGAAUAACCAGGCCCCAGCCCAGAGCAGCUGCCACCAGUGGGGGGAGCGCGAGGGGGGGAUUAAUUCUCUGUAUUCAGUUCUGCCCCAAAUCACUGGGUGGGGACCCCCCUUGUCCCCCCAACCAUGCUCUGUACCUAGCCCCCGCCGCACCCCAGAGGGGCCCAUCCCAGUGCCAGGAGAUGGGUCCCCGGAUACCCCGCCCCCACAAGGGGCCCAUCCCAGCACCAGGAGAGGGGUCCCUGGAUACCCCCCCCCCCGCAAGGGAAAGCGUGACUCUAGACAUAUUGUGGAUACAGGGCUUGUGGGGGGCUUGUGGCUCCUUCUGUUGACGCCCCCACUGGCAUCCACACCCCCCCCACAGGCCCCUGGAGUCCCCCGCCUCUGCCUGCCCUGCUGGGGAAUGAGUACAUCCAAAGGGGUGGCGCGCAAGAAGUGGGGGAAGCUCUUGAUCGCCACCCCCGAGCUGGGGCCUGUCUGUCCAGCUCCAUGCCCCCGUCUGUCCAUCCAGCCCCGUGCACACACCGCCCCCCGUCUAUCUGGGGUUUCACUGAGCCCCACACAGCCCGUGGGUCACGCCCCCAGCUCAUUCCCCAGCAGGAAUAUUCCAGGUCUGCCCCCCCCGGUUAUUGGUUUCCCCUCCCAUCCUGCCCCCCUCUUUUCACAGGCUCCCCAAAGGCCCAGCUGCCCACCCCAGUCUCAGCCAUCAGGGGGCAUCUGGACUAUGCCCCCCCUCAUUCUGGGGGGGGGCUGUUUGGCUUAUGUCUCCACCUGGCCCCAUGGUUCCGCCCCGCUGAAUUCUGACCCCCCCAAUCAUCAACCCAACAACACUGGGUGGGGGGACCUCAGGGUUUGUAAUAAACUAAA